GGCGGGACCAUGGCUCCUGUGCUGAACCUCAACAACGAGGUUGUGAAGAUGAGAAAAGAUGUGAAGAAGGCCAGAGUCCUCACUAUUCGCAGACUAACCAGACACAUCGGGAAGUUAAAAUCGAAAAAGGGUUCAGAAGACUUCAAAUUAAAGAACCAAAAACGAGUAGAGAGAUUAAUAGAAGAAAUCCAUGCCAUGAAGGAAAUAAAACCAGAUGAAGUUACCAGACUUGCUCUUAGGACAGAAGUUAAUUUUGAAAGUGUCUGCAAAAAGCCAGACUGUACUGCAGCUGAGCGAGCCAUGGCAAGACUUGCAACGCACCCCACCUUGAAGCCCAGAUUUGUUGAACUUAAAGCUGCUGUUAAAGCUUUUAAGGAUGCAAGACAGAACCCAGACAAAGCCACUCCUAUGAAAAAAGGUCAGUCAGAAGAGCAGCCUAAAUCAGCCCAAGAUUCGAAUAGCAACUUGGAUGACCAAGCUUCUAAGCAGCCCCAAAAACAGCAAGGAUGUGAACACAAAACAAAACCAGACAUGAAAAAAGAAACUGACAAGGCGGUUGAAGAGAUCUGUGAGAGUGAAUCUGGACAGAAAACUGUGGAAAUGGAGAGGUCAUAUGCUCCAGAAGAACCUUCAUCUCAGGCAGUAGAAAUGCAAACAGUUACUCAAAACAAAACAGGAAAGAAACUUGACUGUCAAAAAAGGAAAGAAAAUACGAGUAUGAACAAAUUAAAUGCAAUGAAAGAAAUAAUUGAUGAUAGUGACCACGAGCAUCCCAAUGAAAAGGAAUACUUUGAUGAUAGUACUGAAGAGAGGUUUUUUAAUGAGUCAUCAGAUUCUGACAGUGACAGCAGUGAUGAUUUCUUCAUUGGCAAAGUAAAAAAGAAGAAAAAAGUAGCGGCAGUUAAUUUUUCUUCAGCAAAAGGAAAAGGUAGUGUUCAGAAAAAUGUAAUGAAGACAGAAAAAAGCACAGUGUCUGGGACAGCGCAGGAUUUGAUCAUGGAAGAGAGAAAGCCAUUUGCAAAAGCAAGCAAGCUGGAGUCAGUAUUCUGCAGUUCUUUGUCUACCACCAAUCAGAAAUCUCAGAACAGAAGAAAAACUGAAGCCCCGCCUCUCAAAAAUGAAAGAACAGGUUUUCUUAAAAAUGAAACAAAGCUCAAGAAGAAACCAUUUGCAAAAGCUUCAGGGGAUAUUAAAUGUAACAAUAAGAAAGCAGUUUCGGAGCAGCCUCUUCAUCCUUCAUGGGAAGCGAGCAGAAGACGCAGAGAGCAAAUGUCUCAAAUUACAGCAUUCCAGGGGAAAAAGAUUAAAUUUGAUGACUAGGCUAUACGUAAAUGGACGUUCAAAGAAAAAAUUUUUUGCAACUGCUGUUUGAACAUCUUUGUUGUACUGUCUAUAUCCUUUGCAACCUACAGAAUUGCAGCUGGUAUUAUUUACCAUCUUAGAAUAUCAAGAUUGUUUAAUUCAUUCUGUGUGCUGUCUGUUGAUUAAUGUAAUGGGCAUUUGGUGCUGGUUCAUAAGUCCCAUUAUAUACUGCCACCAUUCAUGAAAUAUACCCUCAAGUGAAUAAAGGGUUUUUAGGAAAAUAAUUUGUGCCCUGUAGGAAUAGUACAGAUUCUUUGAAGGGGGAUUUGGAAAGGUUUUUUUGUAUGUAAAAAAAUGUACUUUGUAUGAGAAUUUGGUUGUUAAUAAAAAGGUUCUAUAUAUAAUCUCAACUGAGACAAAGUAAAACAUUCUUAAACUUGAAGAGACUUCAUAAAUUCAUCAGUGUAUUAGGUAACUGGAAAAGUCUAUCAGUUGUAAGCAUAAUAUGAAAAUUUCUGGAGAGAAUAAAAUAUGCUUUUACAUUGUGAUCUCUGUCCUCUGAUUAUACUGCCAAUUCGAAGAAAUGAAAAGGUGUCUUUAAUACUUUGUUCUGGUAGAUUUGUCUGGAUUCUUCAAGAUGUGUGUCUUGCGCUUUCUGAAAGAAUGUGAAAACCUGAAAUAAUUUUUUACACGAAGAAACAUCUGACUAUUAAGUGCCAGUCUAACAUUGGGCGUUAAUCUGAUUGGGAUAUGACAAAAAACUUUAAUUGAAUACUUCUUUAGGUGCUUUUCGUACUACCUCAUUGAAAGAAAUUCUGAACAUGUAAUUAAUCUUUAAUAAUGUUGUUUAUUUAAAUAUAGUUACCUUUCAUUAUCAGAUUAAUUCAUAAACUUGGUAUAUGACUGGAUUGUACUACUCACGUGGCAUUUUGAGAUGCCUGUGGAUAGCCCUGCAUCACCCCAAAUGCCCAUCUAACCUAGUAUCUUUGAAAGUAGUCAAAGGGAUGCUUUAAGGAUAGAGGUAGCACACGGUGAUACAUCCUGCAUCAUCCAUCUCUUCAAACUUCCAGUUUCACAGCUGUUGGGGUUGAUUCUUUCCCUUUUCCUUCUGUGGAAUUUUUCCCGUUGUUAUGCUAAGUAUUUGUGGCUACACCUUAGCUCAGUUAGCUAGGGUAACAG